AUGAGUCGCAAGUCAACUCCAACCAUCAAGGUGCGCGAAGAGAGUGAAGAGAUACGUGGCGCUGCGGGCAACAAUCUUACUCCUUCAACAACAUCUCACAUUACACCUUCAGCCCGCCCUCCUUUCACAGUUUUGCACUCCGAUAAGCUCAGCAACAUUCAACCUUCAAAGCGCAAGGACAAAACCACCACAGACCAACCCGAGUCCAACGUUGCCGCCGGCAUGGAUGACAUACUCUCCCGCCUCAAGCUGAAUGACUCUCGCAAACCCACGCCUCCUACUGAAAGCAAAGCUCAGAAGACUGACUUUGGCACGCUUAACAAACUUCUGAACAAUCUGCAAGACCAGAACAAAACCUUGAAGGAACAGGAGAAGGAACUUAAAAAUGGUGUAGAACCAGAUACUCAGAAAGAGAUCGGCACAACCUCUACCUCUGCCUCUGCCUCUGACCUUUGUGUCCCUGGAAUUGGUCACUUUGACAUGGCAAAGCCGAGCCCAGGCCCGCAUCCCUCAGUUGUUGGCAACGUUGACCUUGCAGAGAUGAUGCGUGUCAAACAAGAGCUCGAAGCCGCCAAAUCGGUCAUAUCUCGCCAGGAGCAAGAACUUGCUGAGACCCGAAAUCUUAAGCAGACCAUGGAUCAAGCCAUGGGUCCUCCUUCCGAAGUUGACUUUGGCGCGCCAAAUGACAUCUCGGAGCAGACUAUCGGGCAUCUUCAGAGUGCGUUCAACGCUUCUGCUCGUCCGUUUACUUCACGCACCGACACCUGGGUUGCUCAGGAGGAGGCACGUUCUGAACAGUCCGAUGUUCUUGGUGCGGGCAACUUUGGGCGUGGUCGAGCAAUUUGGAACAAUCCCACUGCAUCCAUGACAAAUAUUUUGGCCAGUAACGCUCCUGCGGCAGGUUACACCAAUCCUCGUGAUUCCCGCCUCUCCGGUCAAGCCUACAAUGGUGUGUAUGGAGCAACCAUUUCUCCUGCCGAAGCAAACUUCCAGCCACGGAACUUCUCAGCUGCUCCCAAUGGUUACGACAUGCACAGAAAUGCUGAGAUGAUGCCAUACAAUCCUUCGGUUGGUAUGAGGCGGAAUGGAGGACAAUUGCGCAUCAAUUCGACCAUCAGUGACCCGAUGGCCCAAUUCGGCAGCUUCCCACCAGGUGCAUCGGCACUUACUCCGCCGCCAAUCAGUCCCGUAGCGCUUCCAGCUCAAUACAAUUAUCAACGCGGACUUACAACACCAAUCACUCCUGCAGCACCGGACUUCCCAACCACCACUGUUCAUGGGGCUAGCAACCCAUGGUCGCUUCCGGGGGGAGCAGUGAACGGACAGACCUAUGUGACGCCACUUGAACCAAUGAACUAUCGUCGUCUCCUUGACAAAUCUGUGUCCUGCGACUGGAAGUAUAUUGUGGACAAGAUCGUCUGUAACAAUGAUCAGCAAGCCAGCAUCUUCCUCCAACAGAAGCUCAAGGUCGGCACAGCGGAGCAGAAAUUCGAGAUUGUGGAGUCUAUUGUCAACCAAGCUUACCCUCUCAUGAUCAAUCGGUUCGGUAAUUUCCUUGUUCAACGAUGCUUCGAGCACGGUACCCCGGAGCAGGUUGUCGCGAUUGCCAACGCCAUUCAUGGAAAUGUCAUCUCUUUGAGCAUGGACCCUUUCGGCUGCCACGUCAUCCAGAAGGCUUUUGAUUCUGUCCCCGAGGACCACAAGGCUGACAUGGUGCGAGAGUUGCUUCGUCGUAUUCCGGACACUGUCAUCCACCGUUACGCCUGUCACGUUUGGCAGAAACUAUUCGAACUACGCUGGAGUGGCGAGCCACCACAGAUCAUGUUGAAGGUCAAUGAAGCCCUCCGAGGCAUGUGGCAUGAGGUUGCCUUGGGUGAAACUGGAAGUCUUGUCGUGCAGAACAUUUUCGAGAACUGUGUCGAAGACGAGAAGCGCCCUGCCAUUGAGGAGGUCAUUGCCAACAUUGAUUUGAUUGCACACGGACAAUUUGGCAACUGGUGCAUCCAGCAUUUGUGCGAGCACGGCUCUCCACCAGACAAGCGUCGUGUGAUUGACCACAUUCUCGCCAAAUCUUACGACUACAGCAUUGAUCAAUUCGCCUCGAAAGUGGUGGAGAAGUGCCUGAAGAUUGGAGGCCCAGAGUUCUUGGAUCGUUACCUCGGAGUCAUCACCACCGCUCAUCCAGACCGUCCACGUAUUCCGCUCAUCGAUAUUGCGGGCGACCAGUAUGGCAAUUAUUUAAUUCAAUGGAUCUUGAUGAACACUCAUCAUCACCAGCGAGAGCAGGUGGCCAUUCACAUCCGCAAGCACAUGGUGUCGCUUCGGGGCUCCAAAUUCGGCUCUCGUGUUGCCAUGCUCUGCUGCAACCCGAACUCAGUCACUCGUCCAGGUCCUGGAGCAGUCGUCAAUCCCUUUGGCGCACCGGGCCAACCACGCAGCCAGUGGCCUCGCUUCCGCUAG